GAUUAAACGUAAAACGUCUUCACCUUACGGCCUACUGUGGAGCCGAGCGGGUUUCUUGACGCACGCAUGCAUCAAGACCACCCACCACCACCCCCGUGAACUUUGUAUCACCGCAUUCUCUCGCUUUCCCACUGUUUAAAAGUUGGGAGUGUCGCCUUAUAAGCCGGAUAAAACUUCAGAUUUCUAAGAGGCACGUGGUGACCAAUAAGGUCUGAAGUUGUCUGUGGUAAGGUAGGGCACUGAUAAGGGGUUGACAGGCUGCCAUGGCGGCGUCGCUGGGCUCCUCCGCGCUGGACGCCCUCUCCUCGACCCUGAUCUCGCCGUCGCUCUCCACCUGCCUCGUCUUCCUCGCCACCUUCCUGCUGCUGCUCGAGUGGCGCAAGGUCCAGCGGCCACGCGGCUUCCCGCCCGGCCCCACGGCGCUGCCCCUGCUGGGCAACCUGGGCUCCCUGCCCACGCAGGAGCCCGGCAUGGCCCUCUACAAGUUGUCAAAAGAGUACGGGGAAGUCUUCAGCAUCUACCUGGGCCACACUCCUUGGGUGGUGCUCAACGGGUACGAAGCUGUAUGGGACGCACUGGUGCAGCACGCUAAGGAGUUUUCAGACCGUCCGGUGAUCCCCGUCAUUUCUAAAGUCACCCAGCGACUGGGGAUAUUAACGGCUCCGUACGACCACAGCUGGAAGCAGCAGCGGCGUUUCGCCGUCUCUACGCUGCGCAACGGCAAUACGUUUCUGAAGGAGAAGAUCAGCGAGGAAGUGGCAUUCCUCCUCCAGACAUUCCGGGAGUCCGGUAGGGUGGUGGAUCCUACCUUCACCAUUCAAAAUGCCGUGUCCAACAUCGUCUGCUCCAUUGUCUUUGGACACCGCUUCGACUACGACGACUCGCGCUUCCGCCACUUGCUGCACCUGUUGGCUGAGAACCUGCGGCUGUUCAGUGGCUGGAUUGGACAGCUCUGCAUGGUGAUGCCGUGGUUAGAAAACUGCCCGGGCCCUCACCAGCGAAUCUUCCGUAACGCGGACGCGUUGAGGGACUUUUAUGACGAGAGCAUCCAAGUUCACCGGCAGACACGGGUGGAAGGGCAGCCCCGGGACCUCAUCGACGCCUACCUGGAUGAGAUGGAGCAGGAGAGCCAAGACCAGAGCGCCUCGUCCUUCUCAGACGGAAACCUGAUCAACGUGGUAUCGGACCUCUUCGUCGCCGGCACUGAGACCACUGCCACCACCCUGCGCUGGGCCCUGCUCUACAUGAUGGCUUACCCCAGCAUCCAGGACCGUUGCCAGCGGGAGAUUGAUGACGUGAUUGGAAGUUCCCGUGCACCAGCCAUGUCUGACACGGCCUCCAUGCCGUACACCGUGGCCGUGAUUCACGAGGUCCAGAGGAUGGCCAACGUGCUCCCAACGGGGUUCAUGCACGCCACGGCCAGCGACGUCAUAUUCCGCGGAUACCGCAUUCCCAAGGGCACGAUCGUGAUACCGAACCUGACGUCAGUUCUUUACGAUGAGAACCACUGGAAAACUCCGCUCGAGUUCAACCCGGGGCACUUCCUCAACGACGCUGGCCAGUUUGUCAAGCCCGACGCCUUCCUACCCUUCUCUGCUGGGCCCCGCGUGUGUCUGGGAGAGAAUUUGGCCAAGAUGGAGAUCUUCCUCUUCUUCACAUCGCUGAUGCGGCGUUUCCAGUUCUACUGGCCUGACCCGGAGUCCCAGCCCUGCCUGGCUGCCGCUAUCGGAGCCUCGCGCUCCCCGCAGUCCUACCAGUUGGGCAUUCGGCAGCGUCCCGACAAGUGAGCCGCCCUGGCGUGCGGUGGCCACAGGGAGAACGGAGCCUCCACGCUGUCAUCAACGACAGCGACGACCCAAAACAGUCGUGGGCGUGAUUGUGUAGAAUGUGAUCAAUUAAAUAAGCACCUCCUUCACAUUUGUCCCUCUACUUUGAAAAUAUAAAAUAUUUUUACAAGCCACUCCGGGCUUGGCAAUCGAAGAACCGCGGGGAGUGUUCGUAACUCGGAUGGUGGCGCCACGGUGGCUAUGAGAUGUUCACUACCUCGCCUGGUAUACAGGAGGUCGUGGGUUCGAUCACGACCCUGACGCCUGUUGUAUAAUUGGAGUUUGCGGAGUCUCUUUCUCAUCAUCAUCACGGUGGCUAUGAGAUGUUAACUACCUCGCCUGGUAUACAGGAAGUCGUGGGUUCGAUCACGACCCUGACGCCUGCUGUUUAAUUAGAGUUUCCGUGUCUCUCCCUGUGGUCGAGUGGAGUUUUUUCCGUAUCCUCCGGUUUUCCCCUCCACAUUUAGAAUCGACAUCACGCAUUUAGAGUAUAUUUGGCUGCUACAAAUUGCCACAUGACAAGCCACUUCGUUGAUUUAUCACUUGUGGCCAGGACGCUUCCGAAAACGAGCUACACAGCUCAGUGGGCCUUACCUGGCAAAAUAAAAAGUUUAGUUUUUACAUUCUCGCCACCCACGUGACAUCAGCGAUGGCGAUGAGGUCACUGGGACGAUAUCAAGCGCCUACAGCUCACCAACCCCAAGAAUCAGAUUCAUCAUAUGUAUUUAUACUGGAGAAAUCCGAUGAGCUAUGAAGCUCUAUUUGAAGGGGAAAGGCAGGAAAGGGUUCACCUCUUCAAUGAAAACGCACGAAACUGUUAAACACGUGUCAGGUAACUCGCCAAUAAAUUAAUGCGAUCUGCGUUCAUAGAGGCGGUUCAAGUGAAGAUUGUGAUCAGCGUGUGCGCGUGCCCGCGUGUUCCUCGUGUGCCCGUAAUCAACCCACACGUGGCUCUAUCCAAGGGGCACAGCGUAGCACGUGCUACUAUCACAGUAGUAGCACGUGCUACUAUCGCAGUAGUAGCAACGAAUAAUGAAUGUCUCCCGUGCUGUGUCGAUAUAUAUACACGACUGGACAUCUGUGCAUCAAGAGCUUCACAGCUCAUCGGAUUCCUGCAGAAUAAAGAUUCAGAUUUUGAGAACUGGCUCUUGGUCUGCUACAGGUCGGGCACCCCUGCCCCCCAGCUACGACCAGCCCUACCCGUAUCACUACCCCUAUCACUACCCCUAG